GUUGAUGAACAGGACGUCAGUUAUUGGUCAGUUUCAAUUUAAAAGCUAACGUCACAUCCCUCCGCGCAGUGCUCCAAGUCCGAUCGUACAGAGAAAAGAGUGUCGGUUCGUGUUGAAUAAUGGCGGAAAGCGACUGUGGCUAUGAUGAACGAUACGAGUUCGAUGCUCCCUCCCACGUCGUCGACUUGAAGGAGCUGGAGAAUAACGACAGUGAUGAUCAGUGGUUCGAACAACAGGUCGGGGGCCUAACUACACCUUUAAGACCUGACUGGUCCAUUAUGAGAGGCAAUACACCCAACCUGCCCAAAGCCAUCGUGAUUUCUCAAAUCAAGACGGAUGUAGACAGUGGUCCUGGCACAUCCACAUCUCCACCCCCAAACGUUGUCACAUCCUGGGGAGCUGGAACUGCGACUCAUGCUAAUGGCCGACCAAAGAGGAGGACGGCGAAUCAACCCCCUGCCCAGCCAAGCAGGAUUUCAAAACGUAAAGUGACAACAACCGGUUCAGCUCCUACACAGUCGGCUGCACCACCAUCAAAGAAAUCCAAACCGAGUCCUGUUGCCAGACCAGCUCGAAAAUCCAGUAGUGUCCUCCACAGAAAUGGACAAAGGAAUUCCAGAAUUGCACCUAAGACUGGGAAGACAGAGCUGUGCAGCUCUGAAGAACAGGAGCUGGAGCGCAUCGAGAUCCUCCAGAAGAAAGUAGCUCUGCACCUCAGACAGAACGAGGCCAGCUACAAAGCUGCUCUGGCUGGCAAUCCACCCCCAAAGAAGGUGGCCCUGUCCACGACUGUGCCUAAAGAAUUCAAUUUCACCACAGACAACCGCAUUAAGGCGACUACUUCAUCCAGUACAGCAGAUAAAGAAGUGGACUUCAUCAGUCAGCUUCGCAAACCUUCCUCUCCAGUAAAGGCCAUGAAAGGUGCCACUAUACCCCAACCCUUCAACCUGUCGACAGGCAACAAGAGAAAGGUGGAGGGGUCAGGUGCCUAUGUUCCCAUGGCUCAGCAGAUUGAGCAGUACCAAAAACGAACCCCUGACCGCUACCAUCUGCGUAGUCGCCAGAGUCAAGAGAGGGGGCCACAUCCAGUGAAGGGCGACCAGCUGAAGCUCACCCAACCUCAUACCCCACACCUGAUGACCCGCCAGAGGAGCCGGCCCACUACUGUGAAGAGCAGUGCUGAGUUGGAGGCUGAAGAGGUGGACCAACUUCACAAGUUUAAAUUCAAGGCUCUGGAGCUAAACAGGAAACUGCUGGAAGGUGCAGAGCAUUUGAAGAAGCCAGCUGUGAAGGAACCCACAGUACCGGAAGGCUUCGAGCUGCAGAUUGAAAAAAGGCUCCAGGAGAGACAGAUUUCUAAGAAUCCUGAGGAAGAAGAGAGGCCACAUACCUUUAAAUCCCAGCCUCUGCCCAAGAGGAUCUUGGAAGGAGUCGUGGGAGUGCCAGAAAGGAAAGUUCUGCAUCCAACUGUUCCAGAGUCUCCAGCUUUUGCUCUGAAGAAGAGGGUUCGUGUUGAUCGCAAGGUCGAGGAAGUAAAACAGCCGUCACCAAUCAAGGCCCUCCCAGUGCCUUACUUUGGCCUCCCCUUCCAGCCGCGGCUCCCAGAGCACCACCAUGUGGAGGUCUGUCCUUUCUCCUUUGACGAGAGGGAGCGAGAGAGGAGGGCAAUGAAAGAAAAGAGGCUGGAGAAGAAGAAUGAAGAGGUCCCCCAGUUCAAGGCCCAGCCGCUGCCAGAUUUUGAGUCUGUGAUUCUCCCUGAAAAGAAGAAGCUGGAGGCCACAAAGCCGGAACCCUUCAGACUUCUCCUCGAUGAACGUGGUUCUGUGAAGAACAGUCGCUGGGAGCUGAUGGUGAAAGGAGAGCAGAAGCAACAGGAGGAAGCAGCAACAUUCAAAGCCAGGCCCAACACUGUCAUUCAUAAAGAACCUUUCCAGCCCAAAAAGCCAGAGCGAGCUACAGCAGCUGUGGUGAAUUUUGAGCUGUCGACAGAGCGACGUGCCAGGGAGCGCCAGGAGUACGAGCGACUGGUCAGCGAGAAGGAGGCUCUCAGGGAGCUCAUGGAGGAGGAGCAGAGACAAGAGGAGGAGCAGCGACAAAAAGAGGAGAUCACCAGGCUGCGGCAAGAACAGGUUUGCAAGGCUCAGCCCAUCAGACACUACAAACCUGUAGAAGUGAAGAAGAGUGACGUUCCUCUCACGGUCCCUCACACUCCAAAGUUUUCUGAUCGGUUCCGCCUGUGAUCAAACCUUAUUUCUGUUGGAAAUGUUUGAAAAACCGUUGAAACGUAUUUUGUUUUUUUAUCUUCUUCCUGUUGAGCUUUAGAUUUUAACCACACGCUGUAUAUAAUGUUCUUGCUACAUUAAGUCUUUAUAAAAGUCAAUAAAAUUUGUAACGUUUAGUGAACAUGUGUAUUGCCUGCAUAAUACCUGUCAUCUUCAGCUUUCAACCAGCGGCGGUUCCUCUCCAAUUUCUUGGGGUCAAAUUUGUUUUGAUGACAGAUGAAUUAUUUAAUAUUUUUUAAUCAAUCGGAAUCCAAUGUUAUUUGUAUAGCCCAUAGUCACAAAUAUAUAUAGUAAGGAAAAUUACCCCAAAACACCUAUUGGGGCGGGGGGGGGGGGCGAGACGACGUAAAAUCUCAUAGGGUCAUAUGUGAGGAUCCCUCUCCCAGGACUGACAGAAGUGCAGCAGUUUUCACAUGCUCUACAAUGACUGAAAUAGACACAAUUUAAUCCCUAUUUGAAGUUCCUGUGUGUAAGGUUUAGGUGAAAGGGAUCUAUUGGCUGAAAUUUAAUAUAAAAUAAUCUUAGUGAUGUUUUCAUUUGUGUGUUUUGCCUGUAUUGUACAAAUGUUUUUUUUUUUUUUUACCCUAUAAUGGGACCCUUAUAUUUCAAUACUUACAUCCUGAGCGGGUCCUCUAUAUGGAGGCACCAUGUUUUUUUGCAGUUGUCCAAACUGGACAAAUUAAACAUCUUUUGAGUUUUUCGGACAA